AUGGCGAAACUUGCCACCCUCGCAGCGAUCCUUGGAGUCCUCCUGGUGAUGUCCCACGCUGUGGCGGCCAACCGCGCCACCAUAACCACGGUUGACAUCAACGAGCCCGAGAACCAGAUGCGCCGCGGCGGGAGCUGCUACGAGCAAGCUGAGAGGCUCAACCACUGCGAGCAGCUCUUUGAGGAUGUGAUGCAGGGAGGCAGCCGGUACGGAGGUGGUCGGUACGGAGGCGGCUACGGAAGCGGACGAAGGGGAGGCCAAGACCAGUGCUCAGGCCAGCAGCUAAGGCAGUCGAGGCACUUCGAGCCGUGCUGCAAUGAGCUGAGGCGGAUGGACGAUGAGUGCCGGUGCCAGGGACUAAGGGAGGUGAUAAGAGAGCAGAUGGGCGGGUACGGAGGACGGGGAUCGCAAGACGAGGUGAGGAGGUGCACGAGGAACCUGCAGAACAUGUGUGGGCUUGGUCAGUCCUGUUACAAUGAGGCCAUGCUGGAUUGA